GGUUCAGCGCUGGUGGCGCAUUUUCCCCCAAGAGGAGAAGGUGGCGCCCAGCAGAGCGGAAGGGGGCGGUGCUCCUCCUCCUGCUGCGCGCUGCCGCCGGCAGUGCUGCUGCCUCUCGUGGAGUGAAGGCCGCUCGCGGGAGCGGGGUGCGGCUCCGGCUGCGGGUGGAGGAGGGAACUACCUCUUAUGAAACAAACAAAAAAAAAUGGAUGGGAUGGAUGAAACAUCUAAAAGAAUCCUAGAGCCAUACCAGUAUUUACUUCAACUACCAGGUAAGCAAGUGAGAACCAAACUGUCACAAGCAUUUAAUCACUGGCUGAAUGUUCCAGAAGAUAAAAUACAGGCUCCCCUGGUGCAACUUGAAGCUGUUUUGUCUAGUCCUGUCACUUGGGACUUGGGAGAAGAGACCAACCCACACCUCACUUCAACCUCCUUUCAGGUCAUCAUUGAAGUGACAGAGAUGUUGCACAAUGCAAGCCUACUUGUGGAUGAUAUUGAAGACAAUUCAAAGCUACGACGGGGCUUUCCAGUGGCACACAGUAUCUACGGAAUUCCAUCUGUAAUCAACUGUGCUAAUUAUGUGUAUUUCCUUGGCUUAGAGAAGGUUUUAACCCUUAAUCAUCCAGAUGCUGUUGAAGUUUUUACCCAUCAACUUCUGGAACUUCAUAAAGGUCAAGGCUUGGAUAUUUACUGGAGGGAUACUUAUACCUGUCCCACGGAAACUGAAUAUAAAGCUAUGGUACUGCAAAAGACAGGAAUUUGGCUUGGUGUGGAAUGGGAUGAUCCCCAGAGAGGAAAACAUAAUGGUGCCUAUGAAGGAACACAGUAUUUUAAGUGCAGGCAUCCUAGAGGAGGAUCAUUUAUCCGACCAAACAAGGCAAACUUCGGCGUAGACUUUCUUACUGCGGUAAAGGAUCGGUACGGAUUGAGUGAUGCUCAGCACGGGACAGAGGAUAUGUUAGUGUUUGGAAAUAAGACUGUAGAAUUUGUUGGCAUGGAUUCUAUUGCAGAACAACAAAGCAAACUGAACCAACUGGUAGAUGUCUCAGUGUGUGAGUGUGCAGUGAGCCAUGCUGGUCAGAAAGAGGAAAUCAGCAGAACAUGUGCUAAUAUCAGGCAUAUAAAUCUGUCAAAAAAUCUGAUCUCAUCUUGGGACACAGUAACAGCUAUUGCUUCUGAAAUUCAGAAUUUGGAAACGUUUAAUAUCAGUGAAAACAAAAUGAAAUUUCCAUCUACAUCAACUUCUGUAUCCAAUGUAUUUUCAAAGUUGAGGAUUCUAGCACUUAAUCAAACUGACAUAACAUGGAUAGAGGUUCUCCUUUGUGCUCCAGGAUGGCCAGCACUUGAAGAGUUGUACCUUUCUUCUAAUAAUAUUACAGUUUUGGAAAGGCCCAAUAAUGUCUUGCAGACCCUGAAGUUGUUAGACCUUUCAAACAACCAGUUACUGGAUGGAAAUCAGCUGCAUCUAAUAGCACAUCUCCCCAGGUUAGAACAGCUAAUACUUAGAAACACUGGAAUAUCUUCUAUACACUUUCCUGAUGCUGGAUUUGGAUGCAAGACUAAAAUGUUCCCUUCGCUAAAACACCUUGCAGUAAGUGACAAUCACAUUUCACAGUGGUCAUCUAUCAAUGAGCUUGAUAAAUUGCCAAGUUUGCGGUCACUGCAGUGUCACAAUAACCCCUUUGCGGACACAGAGAAGAACCCAGAGACCCUGAGACAGCUCAUUAUUGCCAAGAUAAGUCAACUGGAAGUUUUGAACAAGUCUGAGAUCCUUCCUGCUGAAAGAAGAGGAGCAGAGCUUGAUUAUCGCAAAAUAUUUGGAAAUGACUGGUUAGCAGCUGGUGGGAAUUGGAACCCAGAGAAAAACAAACCGAGUGAAGAAUUUCUUGCUGCCCAUCCCAGAUACCCAUCGCUUUGUCUUAAAUAUGGUGCCCCCGAGGAAGGAGAACUGAAGAGACAACAGCCUUCGACUCUGAAAAAUCAGCUUCUGACUUUGACAAUUAAAUGUCCUGAGAAACCUGAACAGAAGCCAGUAGAGAAAAAGCUACCAGACUCUAUGACUAUUCAGAGGGUCAAAGGAUUGCUGUAUCGCCUACUUAAAAUUCCUGGUUCAGAACUGAAACUGUCCUACGAAAGUUCUAAACUGGAAGGAAGAGAAGUUGAACUAGACAACGACUUGAAGACUUUGCAGUUUUACUCAGUAGAAAAUGGAGACUGUGUGUUAGUGCGAUGGUAAAAAGGGACUCCCAUGGUAGACUGAAAGAGAAGUCAACACUGGAAGUGCAGAAGCUACAGCCUGCUUGCAGACAGCGUGGACAGCCUGUGCCUAAGUACAGGAAUUUAUACGUGGCAGCAGAGAGCUAUGCAAUGAUACUUUCAGCUCCUAAACAUACGCAUCAGUCUCCAUGAAGCAUUUGCUUUUGGCCAAAUUCUCUUACUUGAGAGAUAACAAAUAUAGUACUUAAAUGCUUCAAUUAAAUAAAAUUCAAGGUAAACUUUU